AUGUAUCCGCUUUUCUUUUGGUGCUCCUGCUGCCUUUGGGGAUGUGCCUUCGGGACCGGAUUUCUCUAUCAGUUCCCGGCAUCGACUCUGCAACACAAUUAUCCCGAGCAGAGCUCCGGCGGACCGGCGGGCAAUGCCUUCGCCAAUCGUCGUCAUUGGUGCCACUACACAGUCACCCGGACGGUUUCCUGUCAAGUGCAGAAUGGCUCGGAGACAGUAAUCCAAAGAGUUUAUCAGAGCUGCCGGUGGCCGGGACCUUGUGCCAACUUAGUGAGGACCCUCAUCCGACCCACGUACAAGAUAGCUUACCGAACAGUAACUGCUCUUGAAUGGCGAUGUUGCCCUGGUUUCACUGGAAGCAACUGUGAGGAAGAAUGUAUGAAUUGCACAAAGCUCACAGAUAUGACUGAAAGGCUGAAUAUCUUGGAAGCCAAAAUCCUUUUACUUGAGGCUGCAGAACGAGCUUUACCUUCAGACAAUGAUCUUCCAAUGACAAGAACUACAGCCACUUGGUAUGAUGAUGUGGUGCCUGAUGCUAUUCCACUAGCUAAUCCAGGAACAGCCCUGAGGAAACCAAUGGGACCUGUUGGGCUUCCAGGACCAACUGGGAGACCAGGACUACAAGGGCCAAAGGGGGAAAAGGGAGAGAUUGGUGAAAAAGGACCAGCUGGACCACCAGGACAACUUGGACCUCCAGGACCUAGAGGAUAUCCUGGUGAGACAGGGAUUCCUGGUCCACCAGGGCCACCGGGACCUCCUGCAUCUCCAAAUCUCCCAUUAACAUUUCAACAAGGAGUUCUUUACUCAUUGCAGCCCAGUGGUGAAAAAGAAAAUGGAGAGCCGCAGUUAGCAUCUACUGUCAUUGACACUAUAUUGACUGGUUUGCCAGGACCUCGUGGGGCACCAGGACCCAUAGGGCUGCCAGGCCCCAAGGGAGCACCAGGGCCAAUUGGAGCACCUGGAGUACAGGGUGAACCUGGUAAGAAAGGUGAAGAAGGAGACAGAGGUGCUGAUGGUGAAGGGGUCCAACAACUGCGGGAGGCCUUGAAGAUUUUAGCAGAGAGAGUGCUAAUUUUAGAACACAUGAUAGGGAUUCACGAUUCUUUGUCUUCUGUUGAACCAGGCUCAGGACAAGAUGUGAUCCUGGGCGCCCCGCUCCGAGCAAACACGAAAAACAAGCGACACCAUUCGAACCAGAUCCUUUCUUCACUUCUGGAUGACAGCAGACCCAGGGCGAAAAGUGACCGGAGGCAAUAA